AUCUGUAACGCAUGCAUUUUUCUCUUUUAGUGUAAAACUCCAUAUCUUUUUUUUUUCUUCAAAUUUAUUGGUUGAACGAAAAAAAAAAACAGUAUUGACCAUUUUCGCACUAUACAAUAAAUGAUAGGCAUUGAAGCGCAACUGCAGGAAAUUUAAUUGACGCAAAAACAGUACGCGUCGAAACCGGCAUAAUAUUCGUGUGGUAUUUUAUAAAAAAAACAGCGGUGACCAACUCCAAACCAUAACAACAACGCAAAAUAAGGUAAAAAGGAAGAGAAAAAAAUGGCACAAAUCGAUGACAGUAUCAUAUGGGCGAUUAAAAACGGCGAUUUGGAUCAAGUAAAGGAGCUCAUCGAGCAGAAUGGUUUCAACGUGAAUCAACAGAUUACAACACGAGCUCCCAUUCAUUAUGCGGCCGACUAUGGCCAAAGUGAUGUGCUGCGAUAUUUGAUUAACAAAGGGGCCGACGUCAACACCCGUGAUAAACAUGGUAUCACUCCAAUAUUGGCAGCAACUUGGGAAGGCCAUACCAAUUGUGUUCGAAUCUUGUUGGAAAAUGGAGCUGAUAAAAGUAUUACUACUCCCGAUGGUACUAGCCUAAUAGACGCGGCCGAAAAACAAGAAGUUAGAGACUUACUUUCUUAAUUUGCCACAUCAACGAUAUAGAAAAUUAAAAAAAUAUGAAAUGUCUAUCAGUCUUCAGUAAAAAAAA